GUGCCAGCUUGGUCUUCGUGAGGUAACCACGCUCCACUACACGCUCCGCCCUUCCGCCACACACGCGCCCCUCCACCCCCUCGCACGCCCCCCCUCACGCACACAGCCAUGCACCCCGCCCCCCGUGGCACUCCAUGACGCCCCCGGGAGCCAGAGUGCCAAGUGACGUGUGACGAGUGCCUUCCCUGUGCUCUCUGGGGCCUGUACUGUGUGACUCUCCCUCUGUCUCUGUCCCUCCAUCCGUCUACUCUGGGAGGCUGAGGGCGGCCUUGACACACUGACGGAGAGGGUGAGGGAGCAGCGGGGGUGAGGCAGGGGUGAGGCAGGUGUGAGGCAGGUGUGUCCCUCGUUUGCCAGUCCUCACACCUCACGGAUAUAGUAGCGAGCUAUCUCCAGAGGGCGUAGCUAUCAAGGGACCUCCCCCGCCGACCUCCUCCCAGUCCUCCUCCUCCUCCUUCUGCACGAGACUGGAGCCACAGGUACGUCAGAGGGAGACUAAUUUAUACAGCGGCGCGAGGACCCAUGUGAGUCGCCGGGGGCCGCAGAACACCGUAUGCCAGCCCUGUGCCACGCCUGAACCCGCCUGAGGAACGGUGUUGGCGGCCGCGAUGGGGGAGAAGAGGCCGGCGGUGGCGGUGCUGGUGGUGGCGGCUGCGGUGUGGUGCUGCCUCCUCGCCGCUCCAGCACAGGCACGAGUGGCAGCUUUGGAUUUAGAAGAAGUCACCAUCCCGCCGCUGCUGGUGGAACAACCGGAGGCGAGGGAGAUCCUGUUCACCGUCACCCACGACCCUGAACAGCCCCCGGUACCCUUCACCCUACCAUGCAGCGCCGACGGCCUCCCCGCCCCCACGUACGAGUGGCUGAAGGACGGCCAGCACUACGACCCGAGCAAGAAGGGCCCGCGGGUGGAGCUGCAGGAGGGCGAAGGCACGCUGGUGUUCCACGUGCCGCGCCAAGAAGAUGAAGGGACGUAUCAGUGCCUGGCGGAGAACAGCGUGGGCGUGGCGCACAGUGACAUCGUGUCCGUGCGCCGCGCCGUCAUGGCCUACAUCCCCAAGCAGGAGCCCCGCGUGGUGACGGCGACGCAGGGCCGCCCCCUCCGCCUAGUCUGCGACGCCCCCGCUGGCCACCCCGACCCUUCCGUCCAGUGGUUCAUGCAGUCCUCUGAAGGGAAGCUGCGCAACAUGAACACGUCGCGGGUCACGAUGGACGCCGACGGUUCGCUCUGGUUCAGUCACGUGACCCCCGAGGACGUCACCCGCGACGCCUACUACGCAUGCGCCGCCUUCUCCGCCGCGAGCGGCCAGAUGAUACUGAUUGAGGACGAGGACGGCAACCUGGAGAUGGUGGAGCAGCUUCCCGCGGACCACGCCGGCGACGUCCUCAGCCUGCCGACCGAGUACCGCGUGGGCAACAGGUUCUAUCUCAACAUCAGCAACGAGGAGCCGACCACCAGCCUGGCACCCGAGGAACAGUUUGUCAGCCAUCACGAACAGACGGUACUGAAAGGCCACGACGUCAGGCUGUACUGCAUCUUCGGCGGAAACCCCCAGCCGGAGAUCCACUGGUGGCGGGGCAGCCGGGCGGACGUUGAGGGCGAGAAGAAGGAGCAGCACGGGCGCGUCCUGGUGCUGGAGGACGUGACGGAGGAGGACGCCGGCGCCUACUAUUGCCAGGCCAGCAGCACCGCCGGCCAGGCUAAUACGCGGCAGUUUCAUGUUUACGUCGAGGCGGAGCCCAAGUUCACGGUGGAGCCCGAGGUCAUCAACUUGCCGCAGGGGGAGACGGCGGUGUUCAGCUGCGAGGCCACGGGGGAGCCGCAGCCCGUCAUCACCUGGACCAAGAACGGCGAGGCACUGGACACACAUGACACCACGCUGGUGUUCGACAACCUGGACUUCAGCAAGAAGGCGUCGAUAGCCUGCAACGCCUCCAACGUGCAUGGCUACGUCUACAAGACCGUCUUCCUGAACGUGCUCUCUUUACCGCCGGAGUGGAUGACGGAGCCCGAUAGCGUGACGGUGCUGGAGGGAGACGCGGCAACCCUGGACUGCGAGGCGUACGGCUCCCCCAACCCCAACAUGACCUGGGCGCGUCUCGAGGGGGAGGAGCGAGUGUCCAUCCACGACGAGGACCCCAGAUACGACAUCGAGGACACUAAGCUGGUCAUCAAGUCUGUGGACACUACCUCCGCCGGCCGCUACGUCUGCACCGCCACCAACAAGUUCGGGUCGCUGGAGGCCGAGGCGGAGGUGUCCGCGAGGGCCAAGACGGAGGUGAAGGUGGACCUGUCGAGCGAGCGGGUGAAGGCGCGUGACCACGUGUCCCUCACCUGCCACGUUCGCGUCGACUCCCACCUGGAGCCCACCGUCACCUGGUUCAGGCAGGACGAGGAAGUCGACUUCGAGGACUCCAACUUCAUCCUCGCCCGCAGCGAAAACUCCGGAGACGAUGAUGACGACGACGACGACGAGGACGAUGACCGGCAACGGACGGAGGUGUGGGUGCUGGAGGUGAUGAAGGUGCACGGCCAGGACUCGGGCGUCUACACCUGCCAGGCCAAGACCGCCCUUGACCACGCCACGGACAACCUCAUCCUCACGGUGGAAGAUGUACCCAACCCACCCCGCAUCAACGCUGCUCAGUGUGGGGAACGCGAGGCUCUGCUUGACUGGUCCUCCAGUGGGGACAACAAUGCACCCUUGCAGGGUUAUGUUGUCCAGUAUGUGACACAGUUCCACCCUGAUGACUGGAAAGAUGCAGAGAACAAGAUCCCCACUUCCUCGCCAACAUACUCAAUGGAACUGAGCCCCGGCCUCAACUACACCUUCCGGGUCUUGGCAUUCAACCGUGUGGGGAUGUCCGAGCCAAGUGAAUACACCGAGUGUGCCUCUCCCGGACUGCCUCCUGACCAUAGCCCAGAGAAUGUGACAGUUCUGCCAGGUGAACCCGGCACCCUCGUUGUGUCAUGGCAGCCCAUGAAGCGUGAAGAACACAACGGCCCAGACUUCCAUUACAAGGUGCUGUGGCGACCUGUUGAAGACACUGAUGAUGAUGAUGGUGAUGAUGGUGGUGAUGAUGGUGAUGGUGAUGGUGAAGAGGAGGGAGAGGAGAGUGAUGCUACUCACCCUGAAAGCCCCGCAGAUGAGGACAACGGGGAUAAAGAGGGGGAUGAUGAUGACAGCUGGCACACCAUGGAGAUUGAUGACUGGACAAGGAGUGAGGUGACGCUGGACGGUCUGCCGCCCUACACUGAGUACCAGGUCAGGGUGGAGGCUCACAAUGCAUACGGUGCUGCCCCGCCCAUGGAUGUCACCCCCUCCUUCUUCUCAGGAGCUGACGUGCCUGAAGAUGCCCCCGAGGACCUGCAGGCCCUGGACGUGGACUCAACAGAGGUGGUGCUGACGUGGAGCCCCGUCAGCCCGGAGUCAGUGCGUGGCCCUCUGCUGGGCUACAAGGUUGAGUACUGGAUACACCCUGAUGAUGAUGACGAUGACAGUGAUGAUGGCAUCGUUGAGGAGGUGCUAGUGACUGGCCCCCAAGGCCGUGCCGAUGUUACCGACCUCCACCCAAACACUGCUUACCGCGCCCGUGUCAGCGUGGUGAACAAAGACUUCCCCGGCCCACCCAGCCCCACCCUGGCCUUCACCACCGCUGAGGGAGAAUCUGGGCCAGUUGUGAAUCUCAGGGCCAAACAGAUGGGAGAAAACAAUUUGCUGGUGGACUGGGACCAGCCCACAGAGCCAAAUGGAGUGAUAAAGAACUUCAGGGUACAGUAUACCCUGCUGAACGAGGCUGGUGAGGAGGAGGGCGAGACCCAUCUCCUUGAUGAGCAUCUGGCACCUGAUGUCACCAUGGUUAAGGUCCCAGGCCUGGAGGAAGGCGCCUCCUAUAGGGUCUCUGUCACUGCCAAGAAUGGGGCUGGCUGGGGUGAAGGAUCCUCAAUUGAUGUGGAUCUGGAAGCGACGGAGCCCCAGAAGCCUGCUGUGCCUGUGUUUGAGUGGUCGCUCAUACCAGAGUCAGAUGAUGACGAUGACGAUGAAGGCCUGGACAAGGACGGUGAUGGUGACGUGGACAAGGAUGACAUCAGAAACAAGAACAUGAUCAUUGGUGACACUGACGGGGACGGUGACGUGGACAGUGACGACGUGCUGGACACUGAUAAUGACGGCGACAUUGACGAAGAUGACAUUGAAGUGGCAGACAUCAACAACGACGGGGUGGUGGAUGAGAAGGAUGUGGCUGCUGCUGAUAGGGAUGGAGACGGUGACGUGGACAUUGCCGACAUUGGAGACGAGGAUGGGGAUGGUGACUUCGAUGGUGCAGAUGUUAUCGCUGCUGAUGAGGACAAGGAUGGUGAUAUUGACAUCGAGGACGAGAACGAGGAGAACACGCUGCUGGAGGACCGUGACCAGGACGGGGACAUCGACAGAGACGACGUGACGGACAUCAACCUGGAUGGGGUAAUUGACGAGAAGGACUUCAGGGCUGCCGACACUGACAACGAUGGGGAUGUCGACCAAGAUGACGUCGCGUUGGUUGACAAGGACGGCGAUGGCGACAUUGAUGCUGCCGACAUAGGUGAUCUUGAUGGUGAUGGUGUUGUGGAUGGUGACGACCUUGAGGUGACGGACAGGGAUGGUGAUGGUGAUGUUGAUGCGCGAGACUUCCAGCUAAGAAAGACCUUCCUCGCCGACACCAAUCAGGAUGGUGUGAUCAACGAAGACGACGUCCUUGAUACGGAUAAUGAUGGUGACAUCGACGGCGUGGACCGAGGCAUUGCGGACAUUAAUAACGAUGGUGAUGUGGACAUAAAUGACAUUAAAGCUGGCGACAGGGAUGGCGACGGUGAUGUUGAUGUUGCGGAUAUCGGAGACGAGGACAACGAUGGAGACAUUGACGGGUUCGAUGUCAUAGCAGCAGACGAAGAUGGUGACGGUGAUAUUGAUGCUGACGACGAUGAUGAGGAGCACACUUUACUGGAGGACAGGGAUGGUGACGGCGAUUUUGACCGUGACGACGUCGUGGAUAUGGAUGGUGACGGUGACGUGGACUUGGAGGACAUGGCUGCGGCUGACAUUGAUGACGAUGGUGAUGUAGACAUGGAUGACAUCAGAGCAGCAGACAAGGAUGGCGACGGGGAUGUAGAUGCUGCUGACGUUGCCGACCUUGAUGGUGAUGGAGAUAUCGACGCCGCUGACAUCGAGGUUGACGACCGUGAUGGUGACGGAGAUAUCGACGCCAAGGACUUCAUCUUCCAGGACACGCUCUUGGCUGACACGGACGGCGAUGGUGAUGUUGAUAAUGACGACGUUUUAGACAUUGACGGUGAUGGUGAUAUUGAUGAGGCUGACUUCAGGGCCGCAGACAUUGAUGAUGAUGGUGAUGUGGAUGCGGAUGAUGUGAGGGCAGGUGACAAGGAUGGUGACAACAAGGUGGAUGCCUUUGACGUUGAGGACAUUGAUGGUGAUGGUAUGAUCGAUGAAGAUGACCUGGAUGUGGAAGAUAGGGAUGGUGAUGGUGAUAUUGACAAACUUGACUUCAGGUUCCGUAACACUUUCUUGGCGGACACGAAUCUGGAUGGAAAGAUAGAUAAAGAUGAUGUUCUGGACACUGACAAUGAUGGGGAUGUUGAUGAGCAUGACUUUGAGGUUGCCGAUAUCAAUAAUGAUGGUGAUGUAGAUAGUGAUGACAUUCUCGCCGGGGACAGAGACCAUGAUGGGGACAUUGACAAAGCAGACAUUGGUGACGAAGAUGGUGAUGGUGACAUUGAUGGUGCGGAUGUUAUCGCCGCCGACGAGGACAAGGAUGGUGAUAUUGACGCCGCUGAUGAUGAUGGGGAGAGCAUGCUGCUCUUCGAUUCUGAUGAUGACGGCGACAUCGACCAAAACGACCUCCGUGAUAUUGAUGGUGACGGGAAGAUUGACGAGAGUGACCUUGAGAUGGCUGAUGUUGAUGGUGAUGGGGAUUUUGACGAGGCUGAUGUUCAGGCAGCUGACAGGGACGGAGAUGGGGAUGUUGACGCGGCUGACAUCCCCGACAUCGACGGAGACGGGGAUGUCGAUGGCAGGGACCUUCUCGCUGCGGACAAAGAUAACGACGGUGACAUCGACUCCUCGGACAUCAGGAAUCUCGACGUCUUUCUCAAGGACACAGACGGAGAUGGUGACGUGGAUGAAGACGAUGUAUUGGACUCAGAUCACGACGGGGACAUUGACGAAGAGGACAUCGCAGUGGCGGACAUAGAUAACGACGGGGACAUUGACGAAGAAGACGUGAGGGCAGGAGACCGUGAUGGGGAUGGGGACGUUGACUUCAAGGAUAUCGGGGACAUUGAUGGAGAUGGGGAUAUCGAUGGGAAUGACGUGGAGAUGGCUGACAAGGACGAUGAUGGUGAUAUAGAUGCGGCGGACGAGGGACGAGGCCUCACCAUCCGUAUUGACCUGAGACCAAGCUUUGAAGACCAUCCCGGUGCUGACUUCUACGUUCAAAGCAGGAGGAACGGGUCCAAGGAGUGGAAGAACUCGUCGGUGCAGCGCGAGGACCUGCAACAAACCGUCUCGGGCAUCGACCCGCGCCACGCCUACGAGGUGCGGGUGGUGGCGCGCGACGGGCCCUUCGAGACGCCCUCCGAGAUCAUCAUCAUCCCCGCCUCGGAAGGAGUGAAGAAGACCGCCACCUCGGGUGGUGGUGAGGUCCAUGAGACAUUGAAGAACGGGAAUGACAAUGAGGUGGAUGGUGACGAUACAUCCUUGACCGUAGAUGAUAGAGACCUUGACGACUCGACUGCAGGAGCCAAUAACAUGGAGGAGCCGACGGCGGUAGCGAAGAAGGAGGACCUGAACCCGAUCCUGUGGACGUGGUUUAUCAUCGCCAUCAUGGUCGCCGUCACCAUGAUCUGCGUCAUCUUCUUCUCCAUGUGGGUCUACAGCCAAAGGCUGGCGCGCGUGGCUGAGCUGAGGAAGGCGCUGUACAAGGGAUACGAACCCGCGGAGCCUGAGCCCAUCAAGAAGGAGGUGGACCUUGAAGCCGGGAAGCCAGAGGAGCCCGUGGAGGACGAGAUGACGGCGAACUUCCAGCGAAAAGAAUUCAGGAAGUCUUGGUAUCACGUACAACUCGCGGCCAUGAUGAAGCGGCAGGAGACCAUUCAGAGCGUGGACUCCUUCGCUUCCCACGACGACGACUUCGCAGAGUACGGAGACGAGAGCAUGGCCAUUGACCUGCUCAGUUCGGUAUCAUUGGUAACAAACCCAAGACACCAGAGACCUCCUCCUGUGCCGCGUACCUGAGCACAGCACCAGGUCGCUUCACGGACGAUGGCUCACUCAUCUACCAAAAGGUGUGAGGCGGAGUGAGUGUCUGAAUCACCACCACCACCACCACCGUCACCACACGUCACCUGUCUGUUCGUCUGUCUGGGUGGUGAGCUCACUGCCUGAACCACACACACCUGGAGACCGAAGCCCCCCCGUGUCGGCAUCCGCGUGACCCCCCCUCCCCCCCCUCUCGCCACCACACCCGUCACCGUCAUCACCACACCCACAUUAAUAUAUUCCUCCCCCAAGGUCACCGCGGAUAGCAGUCACCGAAACGGGCUUCCUUCCUUACUAUUUUUAUGCCAUUCACACUUAAUAGCGAAUGUGUGUGUGUGUGUGUGUGUGUGUGUGUGUGUGUGUGUGUGUGUGUGUGUGUGCAAUCUGACGGUAUUGCCAUGAGGCGGCCGCGUUCGUUUGAGAGCGUGUAGGUGUGUGUAGGUGUGUGUGUACCUCGUCCACAUACAUACACAUAUACGUACAAGCAGUGUGCACAUGUCAUCUGCAUGUAUACGCGCUGCAAUAGUUCAUGGAGUCUUUUUUUCUCUCAAAUUUCUGUUACAAGAUUAAUAUUACUGCCAGACAUACAACAUCCAUCGCGCAGUUCAUGCCGGGCCGACUACACGCUAAGAAGAGUCUACAAACAGUUCGGGCAGCACAGCGUCCUUGGGUUGUGAUAUGUCCCAAGGAGCGUAAUGGUUGGACGUUCGAGUUUUCGGCCAAAGAAAAGAAGAAGCGAUCCUCCGGCAAUCCAGUCCCGUUCUCUCACCAUUGUUUCAUCAUAGUUCACCCGCAGCUGCGUAAAGAAAACGUAUCAAGGGUAGUAACGAAGCAAACACAUCAUAUCAGCCGCCUCUCACGUAAGAUUGUCAAGGAGAGAGAAACUUUGAUCUGCGACUGUGAAGCGGCGAGUGUUUGCUGCCCACUCAGGAGGUGUUGAGGUGUUUGUUUUAAGGAUAUAUACACACGACGGAUGCUUGACGAGGCGUUCAGGAAGUCCGUGAGGCAAGACAGGUUAAGUCACUCGAGCCUCUGAAAGCUGUACUACCGAAUCAAACGACCCAGGUGGAUAAUAGUCAUACUACAUACAAGCAUACAUUCAUAACAAUAAGAUAUAUGUAUACAGGCUAUGUUGAGACUGUUUUCAUCUCAGUAAUUUGUAACUUCAUUGUGCUUCAUGCUGACACACACUUCACCUGAGAGCAUGCCAGCCUCGUCUGACGUGACCGAGGGCAGUUCGCGGUGGUCUUGUCGCCGAGUGGCAGAAAACAAUCUUGCCACGCGCCGCCGCAGCUGCUCGCGCUAAAGAUGUAAAUGUACUGUAUAUGCUUCUGGACUUGACCUGUAUCUUGCGCUGCCAACCAUGAUAUUCCUCGUACUGUGGCUUUAGACGGGCCAUAAAGCUAACCAGUGGCUGAGGACCUGUGUGGGGUUCAAGAGGAGGCGUCGUUGGUCCUCCUCCUACUACGCCCUCGGCUGUGCCAGUCACACAUCCCAUGGACUUGUGUAUUGGUGUGAAGUGGUUUGAGUCUUCCUGAUAAAUAUCUUCCUCGGUAAACUGAGAAUGUACAUAACUAAUUCUUGCGACCUAGAGGUGCCCUUUCAAACUAAUUCUCCCCCUCCCCCAUUUUCUUUUUCUUUAGUCUUUCCCUCCCCCCCUCUCCCCUCCUUUACGGGCCAAUAUGUUGUUCGGGUCACGUGGUGGUAUCGAACCCUGGCCACUCGCGCGCCGCUGAGCACCACCGCCUCUCGAAUCUUGGGUACUCCUCUGGCGCUGUGUUCCUCAUUCUCCAUUUUUCUUUUCUUUCUCACAUGAUGACGUGUAAGUUGGCACGUGAGAGAGCAAAAUCUAGUUUCUUAGUGUAAAGUUAAAAGUUGGUGUUUUAUCAUGAGAAUCCCACUGUUUCGCGUCUUGCCUCCGUCACCGCUAACACGAGCAUGCAGAUGUAUUUUUCAGGGAACUUCUUUCCUUCUGUUGAUGUUUUACGGGGAAGUGUGACCAAGUGUUGGGUUUAAAAAUUGGGUCCCUUUUUUAAUGUUGUGAGGUGGAGUUAUUUCCCAUCAUAUUUUUGUGAGGCGGGAAGCUGUGUUCCUGUGCAUAUGUGUAAAAAUAACCUGAGCAUUCUCAAGUGUGGCUGCGUGUGUGGCUGUCUGGGCGUGUGCGUAAGGGUGCAAGUGGUAGUCUAAUAGUGUGUGUGUGUGUGUGUGUGUGUGUGUGUGUGUGUGUGUGUGUGUGUGUGUGUGUGUAACUCCCUCCUGCGUCCAUUCUUAUUCUCCCGGUCAUUAUCUUCUAUGUUAAUUUUCAAUAAAGUGUUAAGUUAU